CAAAAAAAAAAAAAUCAAAGACUCUCUCUCUCGUUUCGAUCUCAAAGAUUUCACCGACUAAUCGGAGUUUGGAUCGGAGAUUGGAUCCGGGAAUUCAUCGGGAAUCCUUUGUGGGGUUUGGAUCUGUAAAUGGCGCUUGGCUCAAAUUAGUCUUGAUUUUCCUUAAAUCUACUUCGUUUUGCAAUUGAUCAUUUUCGUGAAGCUUGCAGAUCCGUCGAUCUCUCGCGGAGAUUUUUGUGAGGGUUUAGGUUUAGGGUUUUUAUCCCGAUUUCGAUAGCGUUUACAAAUUGAUGGCUUCGACUCCUCAAUUCCUGCUGGAUGAUCAAACGGACGAGGAUUUCUUCGACAAACUUGUUGAUGACUCCUUCUCUCCCAGCGAAGCUCACGCUUCAUCUUCUGCUAAAGAGCUGAAAUUCGACGACGGAAGUGACUCCGAUGACGCCAAAGCGUUUGCGAAUCUCUCCCUCGUUGACGAUUCUGUGGGUGAUGGGGACGUAACAUUGAACGAAGCAGGCCCGAGGAUCGAUGUUGCAAACGAGGGUACAAGUAGUUCGCUGGGAAAAGAAGAGCCUUCAUCAAUUGCUAUGGAAGCUGUUCAAUUUGCGCACAGUGAUGACAAUAAGUUAAGAGAUGAUGUGCUGAGAUCGGAGGUUGAUGAUAUGCCACUAUCUGAAACAGCAAAAGAAAGCAAUACAAUCGAUGGAUCUGGGAGUCCUGGGGUUAAGGAGGUUGAUUGGGGCUCUUUCUAUGCGGAUUCGUCUGUAAAUGACGGUCAUGGGUUCGGUUCAUACUCUGAUUUCUUCACUGAGUUGGACGGAUCUACAGGAAAUUUACAGGGAAAGGCGGAGGUAGAUGUGGUUGCUGCAGGAAACUUUGUAUCCAAUCCUACAAAUUUAAGUGUUGGUUUAAAUAAUUCGGCAGGUUUCGAGCAACAUCAGGGUGAAGUGAAUCACGUUUCUGAAAAUGGGCAGUACGUGAAUAACAGUCAAUCUUGGGAAAAUCUCUAUCCUGGAUGGAAAUAUGAUGCAAGUACUGGCCAGUGGUAUCAAGUUGAUGGUGGCCAUGAUGCAAGCAUUAUAAAUUCACAGGAGAGCUAUAUUAACCCAACGAGUAACUGGGAAAGCGUUGCUUCUACUGAAAACUCGGAUGUUGCUUAUCUGAGACAAAGUACAACAUCUGCAGUGGCUGGUACAGCUGAGAGUGUGUCUUCUUGGAACCAGGUUUCACAAAUGGGCAAUGGAUAUCCAGAACACAUGGUCUUUGACGCGCAGUAUCCGGGGUGGUACUAUGACACAAUUGCUCAAGAAUGGCGCUCCCUGGACAGCUACAACCAGGCUUCUCAAACAACUGGAUCUGGUCAAAAUGGCCAUGCUCUUACAGCUAUGUAUAACAGUAAUAGCGAGGGUAGCAUGUACAGUGUUAACGAUAAAAAACAGACAUUCAAAGUGCAAGAAUUUGGUAUACAGAGCCAACACGGAGGUUGGGACGAAUCCUACUAUGCCAACGAUCAGCAGGCUACAAAUACAUGGCAAUCAGAAAAUGGAGGUAAGGCUGUAACAUCUGCCUCAUUAUCAAAUUCCGGAGGAACCCAGCAAGUAAAUAGUUUGUACAGUACAGAAUCUGUGGCUGAACAGUUUAAGCCAAAUGAGAUUGGAGUUCAAGGCUUCAUCCCUCAGCAUACGAAUGUGUCUAGUGUCACGCAGAAUGGACCAUUGACUUCCUCAAAUGAUUUCUAUAAUAGAAAGAAAUCCGUAGAUGGGCGUCCACCACAUGCACUUGUCAGUUUUGGAUUUGGUGGGAAGCUCAUUGUUAUGAAGGAUAGUCAUGGCUCUCUGCAGAAUUCACCAUUUGGGAGUCAGGGAGCUGGGGGAAGCUCUAUAUCUGUCCUAAACUUGGCAGAAGUUAUUUCUGGGAAUGCCUCUUAUUCAAGUCUCGGGGAAGACUCUUCGAGUUACUUUCGUUGUCUGCAUCAACAAUCUCUUCCAGGUCCCUUGGUUGGAGGAAAUGUUGGAAGUAAAGACUUACAUAAGUGGCUUGAUGAGAGAAUUUUACAUUGUGAAUCUUCCGACAUGGACUUUGCAAGAGGGAAGCUGUUAAAAUUGCUUCUUUCUUUGCUCAGAAUAUCUUGUCAGUAUUAUGGGAAACUCCGGUCUCCUUUUGGAACUGAUGCAACGCAAAAGGAAAUGGAUUCUGCAGAAUCAGCAGUCGCUAAACUUUUUGCGUCUGCCAAGAAAGAUGGCGUACAAAAUGGUAGUUAUGCUACUUUUAGCCAAUGCUUGCAGCAUUUACCACCUGAAUCACAAAUGCAAGUAACUGCUUCUGAGGUGCAGAAUCUUCUGGCUUCUGGUAGGAAAUUGGAGGCUCUGCAAUGUGCACAGGAAGGCCAUUUGUGGGGACCAGCGCUUGUUAUCGCGGCACAGCUUGGGGAUCAGUUCUCUGCGGACACUGUGAAACAAAUGGCCCUUCGCCAGCUGGUACCUGGGUCACCUUUGCGGACAUUGUGCUUGCUGGUUGCAGGACAGCCAGCUGAAGUGUUCUCCAAUGGCAGUACAAGCGAUAGCAGUUUUCCUGGUUCCGUUAGUGUGCCUCAACACCAAGCCCAGUUUGGAAGUAGUAGCAUGCUUGACAAUUGGGAAGAGAAUUUGGGUAUAAUAACUGCUAACAGAACCACAGAUGAUGAGCUUGUGAUUACUCAUCUUGGAGAUUGCAUGUGGAAAGAAAGGGGCGAGAUAAUUGCGGCGCAUAUUUGCUAUUUAAUCGCGGAUAAGAACUUUGAUCCAUACUCAGAUAGUGCCAGGCUCUGCCUCGUCGGAGCAGAUCAUUGGAAAAAUCCUAGAACUUAUGCAAGUCCAGAGGCUAUACAGAGAACUGAGUUAUAUGAAUACUCUAAGACGCUGGGAAACUCUCAGUAUAUCUUACUACCGUUUCAACCAUAUAAAGUCAUAUAUGCCCAUAUGCUGGCUGAAGUUGGUAAACUUUCGUCUGCACAGAAGUAUUGCCAAGCAGUAUUGAAAUGCCUCAAGACUGGCCGAUCACCUGAAGUGGAAACGUGGAAACAGUUUGUUUUGUCACUCGAAGAGAGAAUCCGUAUCCACCAACAGGGCGGAUAUACUGUGAAUUUGGCCCCAGCAAAACUUGUUGGAAAAUUGCUAAACUUUAUUGAUAGUACGGCACAUCGUGUUGUUGGGGGCAUGCCACCUCAUGCACCGCAUUCAACAACAGGAAACCUACAAAUUAAUGAAUACCAUCAUCAACAGCAGGAAGCCACCAAGUUUCCAUAUAGUCAAUCGACUAAUACAAUGCAAUCGUUGAUGUCACCUGCUUCAGUGGAACCUGUACAUGAGUGGGGUGGGAACGGGAGGGCGAUGGCAGCACAUUCUAGAAGUGUGUCAGAGCCAGAUUUCGGUAGGACGCCAAUACAGGAUCAGCCUGACUCCUCAAAAGACAAAGCUACUGAUGGGAUGGCACAGGUGAAAUCAACUAGGAAUGUGACAACUUCGCGGUUUAGCCGCUUUGGUAUUGGCAUACUGAAGAACACCGUAGGGAGGGUCUUGCAAUCUCGGUCAUCUAAUGAGGCAAAAUUGGGUGAGGAGAAUCAAUUCUACUAUGACGAUAAACUAAAGAGAUGGGUGGAGAAAGGUGUCGAACCCCCAGCUGAAGAAGCUGCACUGCCUCCUCCUCCAACAUUAGGCACGUAUCAAAACAACUCAUUGGGUUCUGAAAGCAAAUCUGACAUGAAGAACGAGAUGUCUCCGUCUAGUGGGAGCUGGAGCAGUGGCAGCCCAACUCCGUCAGAGAAUUCUUCGGGAAUCCCACCAGCCUCACAGGGCUCGAAUCAAUUCUCUGCGCGUGGACGUAUGGGUGUGCGUGCAAGAUACGUUGACACAUUUAAUCAAGGCCGUGGAAACUCUCAGACAAUGUUUCAGUCACCUCCUACACAAUCUGCUAAACCACCAAUCCCUGCAAAAGCAAAAUUCUUUAUUCCAGCAGCACCUGCAUCGUCUUCAAACGACCAGGUAACGGAAUCGGCUGCUGCUGAAACCAGACAGGAGGAGUACUCAGCAGAAGAAGUAGCUGCCUCUGCAGGGGCUCCACCACCACCAAGCCACUCUUCGUUCCAGUCCCCGACACCAUCUCCAAUGACAAUGCAGAGAUUUCCAAGUCUAGAUAACAUCAAAAGAAGUGGAUCAGGAAUGAGUCUUAAUGGUGAUCUUCCUCCUUCCGGUUCCAGAAGAACAGCUUCAUGGAGCGGAAGCUUCAACAGCUCGUAUACAUCUCCAACGGGUCCAUCAAAAUUUAAACCAAGCCCACUAAACAGUAGCAGCAGCAGCGUAGGAGAGGAGGAGCUUCAAGAAGUGGAACUGUAAGUUUGAAAUCUGUAAUAUCAAAAAGUUUUGCUCACUGUCACAGGUAGUCCGAUCAAAUGUUAAUCCAUGAGUUACGCAAUACAUAAGACUCUCGGCCUCUGACAAUGAUAGGGGUAAUAUGUAUGCAGUUUGUAUUGUUUGUUUUUUUUCUUAUUCAGUAUAGAUUCAUUAAUUUUUCUUUCUUUUUAACUGACUUCAAUAGUUAAUUAGUUAUACAAUAAUACAGAUUAAUGUUUUGUUCA